UCAUCAUCACACACUUCCUCGUUCUCUCAAUCUCUCUCUCUCUGUAAGCUUGCCCAUCCUGGUGGCGGCUCUUCUUCAAGAUUGGAUCGGCCUCUCUCUCUCUCUCCCCCUCCCCCUUCUUUCUCCCUCGCUUGGAAUCGAUCUGAUUCCGUUACGAUCCGCCGGAGUUUCAACCGAACAAUCGCCAUGGUAGUCGGCGCACAUCCACAGCCGCAACCACAGCAGCAGCUACAACAGAAACCGCCGCAGCAACCGGAGACUUCAGCUGAAGAGGAGGCCUUGAAGAGGAACACGGAUUGCGUCUACUUUCUCGCGUCGCCUCUCACAUGCAAAAAGGGAAGUGAAUGUGAAUAUAGACACAGUGAAUAUGCUCGUGUCAACCCCAGGGAUUGCUGGUACUGGUUGAAUGGCAGUUGCUUGAAUUUGAAAUGCGCGUUUCGGCACCCACCUCUUGAUGGAUUGUUAGGAAGCCCAGCUGCAAAUUCUGCUGGACCUUCUUUGCCUCUAUCACAUCCUGGGGUUACGCCUACAACACCUGCAACUCAUGCUGCUUAUAACCCGAGUAAACAAGCAGUCCCCUGUAUUUUCUUCCAAAAGGGGCAAUGUUUAAAGGGUGAAAAAUGUGCCUUUUCGCACGGACCAAAUCCUAUGGCUAGUAGUAAAUUUCUGCAGACACCAGCUGCUCCCCAUGGUACGGAGCCUUCAGGUCUUAAGAAGGCUUUUGGUGGCCUCAAGUGCAUUCAAGAGUUGAAGGUUCCCAAGGCAAGUGUUGCAAAGUCUGUUGGAGUGCCUCCUGAAGCUAAACCUGCUCCAAAAAUUCUGACUGCACCAAUUAGAAAUGGAGUUAGCAUUGAGAGGAAUGUGCAGUCAACAAAAGCAUUGGAUGAUGAGGCUCUCAGAUACAAGGCAACAAGUGUUCCCCCUGUUAUCAAUGGAGGCUCAACAAGUCGGGCCAAUCAUUUACCUCAGGUUCAUGUUUCAGACUAUCAUGGUUUUCAAAAUGUGAAGGAUGUUGAUGAGCAUUUGAGGGAGUCUUCCCCUGGAUUUGAUGUUCUUGUAGAUGAUGAGCUCGGAGAUUCUGAUUACUACCACGGUGAAGAUCGGUUCGGAAGAACAAGAGGUCAUGAGGGAAGGAACUUGAAUUCUGUGAACGAAUAUGAUUUGGACCGUCCUGUUGAUUACACUUCAAUGGCUGAUGUCGAUCGAGGGUUUUGUGACCCACAAGGCUAUGACCCUUAUGAUCGCAUGCAAGGGCAAUACGCAUGGGACCAGCACAGGGCUUCAUCUGAGAGACAGUUAGUGGGUCCUGCUCGUCUUGAGAGGAGGGGUUAUCGCAAAUCUGAGAGUCCGGAGAACAUUGAUGAGUUAGAUCUGCGACAUCGUUUAUCUAAGCAUAGGAGGGUAAACGGUCUGAGAUCCAUCGUCAGCCAUGACUAUGCAGUAGAUGGUCAUGUUGAGGAGCGGAACAACCGUCCUCUUAGGGAUUCACAGCAGUUGCCCCCACAUGAGGGCUCCCGUAGUAGUCGUCUUCAUGGUAGAAUAAAGCUUCCAGGCGGGUCUUCUCCAGUCAAUGGUAGUGACUUGCAUCAAGAAAGGGAAGUUGACAGAGCUAGGAGUCAAGGUAGAUUGUCACCCAGGAGGCCUCAGAUAUCCUCCCACCAAGGAAGGCUUCGAGACAGAAUUAAAGGAAGGGUGGAAGAGGACUACGAUAAUGAGAGGAGAAAUUUUGGUGCUCCUCUUGUUAGGAGAGAGAUAAUGGAUGACCGAGGUGAUGACUUUUCUCGUCCAAAGCGUCUUCCAGAUCUGAAAGUUGUGAAAGAUGCAGAAAAUAAGGAGCAAUCUUACCUUGGAAAACGGAAAAGUGUGAUGGAUAAUAAUAAUCAAGCAGUAGGAGAUCUUUCAUUUGAAGGGCCAAAGCCUCUCAGUGAAAUUCUGAAGAGGAAGAGAGAAGCUGAAGCAGCAGCAGCUUCUGGGAGCAGGAAAUCUUCUGCCCACGAUAAACGAGGCAAUAAUCAGAGAGAAAGCAGGGAGAGCAAUCAAGGCAACUCCCAGACUGCAGUUACAGAGACGAAUAACAGUCUGCCCCCUGCAGCGAAGGAAGAGCCCAAGUUUGCAAUGGCUGAUGCAGUUGGAACUGAAGAUGAAAAAGUUGAUGUGGCUCCUGGUCAGUCUUCAGAAGGACAUGAAGUUGGAGAGGUCGAGGCUGAAGAGGGGAUGAUUUAUGAGGAAAAUGAAAUCGAAGGUGAUGAUCAGAGGGAAGGAGAGUAUGAUUACGAGCAGGGGGAUGAGGGUGACUAUAAUUAUGAAGAAGGUGAAAAUGCAGAGGGCGAAGAGGAAUACCUGGAAGAAGAUGAAGACGGGGAUGACUUUGCUAAGAAGAUCGGUGUCAUGUUUUCGUGAUUGGGCAAAGGGGAAGGGGGAGGGCAACAGAAAGAGGAUGGACGGCUCUUCCACAAAUAGCGUGGAGGGACUUUUAAACGCACUGAUUAAGUAAACAUGGCUGCUCUGGUUUCUUAACAGAAGUAGGGAUUAGCAGGCCUUUUUGUCUCUGUUAUGUUAAUCGAAACAGUUUCGUUGUAUUUAAAUCUGAUUUAGUGGGAUUUUUUUUUUUUCCAUUUGUGCUUGAGGCAUUUUUUGCUGUGCUUGUUUGAGUGCAUGGCUGCAGCCUGUGUAACAAUAGAUGGUCUCAAUAAGAUUUCUCUCUUAUUCUCUCA